UGCAUGGACGAUGCUGCUGGUUCUUCUAGUUCUUAUUUACAGAUCUCUAGCUCCUCUCAUCUCCCUUGCUAAGGUUGACGGCAAUAUUCCCUUCAGCCCGUCCUCCUGUGUGCUUCUGAUCGAGUUUGCCAAACUCCUCGUCUCUUUCGCUGCCCUGAUGGCGACGGGGAAUCUGUCCGUCCUCAAAGUGUCUGUGUCUGCUGUUGCAGUUGCACCGUUCGCCAUUCCUGCUCUUCUGUACGCUUUCAACAACAACCUGGUGGUCCUCAUGCAGGUCUACAUGGAUCCCAGCUCCUUCCAGCUUCUUAGCAACCUUAAGAUCGGCUGCUCGGCGUUCCUCUACUCAUUCUGUCUGGGAAAAAGGCAGACGAGAGGCCAGUGGUUGGCUGUGGGGCUUCUGGUGGCGGCUGGGCUCUGUCACAGCUUCAGCAGUCUGGAUUGGGAGCUUAGGGAAGUCCACAUCACGUCCUGGGGUCUUCUGCUGGUGCUCGUGUAUUGCUUUGUGUCUGGAAUGGCCGCCGUCUACACUGAGCGGGUGCUGAAAACCCAACGUCUGCCUCUGAGCCUCCAGAAUCUCUUCCUGUAUGUGUUUGGGGUGUCGCUGAAUCUGGCGUCUCACCUGUCGGGUGGUGACUCAGUACGGCGCGGCUUUCUGGACGGAUUCACAGUGCUGGUUUGGCUCAUUAUUGCGGGACAGGUGACAAACGGUCUCCUCAUGUCUGUCGUCAUGAAACAUGGAACGGGAAUCACCAGACUCUUCGUCAUCUCUUCUGCCAUGCUGGUUAAUGGUGUCCUCUCCUGGUGGCUUCUGGGAAUACAGCUCACACCUCACUUCCUGUUUCCUGUGGUGCUGAUUGGAUGGGCAGUGUACCUGUAUUACAUGUAGAGCCACAGAAUCUAAGUUUGUGCUACUGCAUUAUUAGUUUGUUUAAAGCAUCUGGUUUUUAGUUAAUUUGUUUCUAUAUCUCCGUGUAGGAUUUCUUUUCUUCAUGGUUUGCUCACUAACAUCCCUUCUGCCAUCAUUAUAUUAAUGUGCAUCUUCUUGAAUCAAUAUCAUGUCGUGCAGACUGAAUGUCACAGUUAUUGUUGUUUUUUUCACAUCUGUAUUUAUUUCACUUAACUAUUUUGAAACAAAUGAAAAGGGACAUCAGAUAUAUUGAACAAUUGA